CUCAUGCUAGUUCAGCGAUGUCUCUAGACCAUUCUACGUACGCUACUCUCUCCUGAGAUGAGCACACUUUGGUAUUGGCUACCUGGGUGAUGACUUACAUUCUGCUACGCAGGCGAUGUUUCGCGACCAGUGGUAGUAUUGGCUCAAGGUUCGGACCUUCUGGUACUGCCAUCUACGUGUUCACCUCGAUUACAUUCUUGGUUCAUUCAAGUGAAGGAAUAUUUGAUUUGCUUGAUGCCAUGGUACUGAGCCGCUGCUUGUUGGGGCCAUCUUUGGCAACGUUGCUGGCGGCCGUGAAACUAGGAAAUGGCAAUGCCUAUUCUGGGCAGAGUCCCAUGCAGUUGUCGACGUCAGUGGGGGGUCACCAUGGAUUGGUUGUAGACCAGACGCUUGUGCAGGUUUCGCAGGUGUUUUCCACACCGAGAACAUUAGUAGAGCAAGCGCCCACCAUGAUACAGUUGGGGCAAGAGAUCACAGGGAAGACCUCGCAGGAGAACCUUGGUCAGGUUAUCAGCUUAGACGAGACUGGACAUAGAAUGGUCGUAAGUGCAUUCUUGAAUGACUACUUAAAGGUUAACGCAGGCGCUGUCUACGUAUAUGAAUGGAAUUCGACGGCGAGCGAGUGGUCUCCACUCGGCCAGGACGUUUACGGUGGAAAUGUCCCGGAUGGUUGGUUUGGUUGUUCUGUUUCUUUGAGUUCCGAUGGGAGCCGUUGGGCUGCAGGUGCGAGGCAAACAUCCACGUCGCAGCCAGAGGAUAGCGGAUCCGUGCAGGUCUUUGAGCUGGGGCCCAGCGGCCAGGCUUGGGUACAGGUCGGUCAGACCCUCUACGGCUCCGAGGAGUUCGAGGGUUUCCGAAACGUUGGCAUCAGCGGAAGCGGCGAGUACCUGGGCGUCGGUGCCCACGACCACCCCGAGGGUAUGGUGAACGGAUUCAAGCUCGAGAACGAUCAGUGGCAACAGGUGGGGACGACCAAGUACGGUCCUCACAUUGGCAGCUUGUUUGGCGGUGAUAUACAGGGGAACUACGACGGAACCCGCUGGGUGGUCAGCGCAACACGUGGCAAGGUGGGAGGAUCGUCCGAAUUCGUCGGUUUUGUGCGGGUGUAUCAGUGGUCCAGCGGCGAUUGGGUUCAGAUGGGGGAGGACGCAGAAAUAUGUGGAUUGGAGUUCGGCAGGUUCACGAUGUUCGGUUACGCGGUCGGGAUCAGCAGAUCGGGCAACAUUGUGGCGACAACCUCUCCCAUGGGGCAGGUGUCUCGAGUGUAUGAGUGGUCGGGCUCUGCGUGGUUUCAGCUUGGAGAAGACAUCCCGUCAAUGGGUGACCUGGUGCUCUCGGAUGAGGGCAAUCGGGUAGCAAUGCAGGACGGCUACCAGAUCUCCGUGUUCGAUUACGACGGGACUACCAACGAUUGGACCGUCAAGGGGCAGACUUUUGUGUAUGGAACAGCUGUGAGCAUGUCAGGCGACGGGCUCCGCGCGAGCGUCGGCAAUUCCGGCGCGUACAUUGCCGGCCCUGGCAAAGUCACGUCGUUUGAUUUGUUGCCUCUCGGCCCGCUGCCAACGCCACCGCCUACGCCGAGCCCUACGCCAUCCCCAACGCCAGCGCCCACGGCAGCGCCGACGUCGGCGCCUACUCCAGCGCCUACGGCACAGCCGUCGCCAGCGCCCACGUCAGCCCCGACGGCAAUGCCGACGCCAUCGCCUACGCCUGAGCCAACGGCGCAGCCUACACCAGAGCCUACGCCAUCCCCAACGCCAGCGCCCACGGCAGCGCCGACGUCGGCGCCUACUCCAGCGCCUACGGCACAGCCGUCGCCAGCGCCCACGUCAGCCCCGACGGCAAUGCCGACGCCAUCGCCUACGCCUGCGCCAACGGCGCAGCCUACCCCAGAGCCUACGCCAUCCCCAACGCCAGCGCCCACGGCAGCGCCGACGCCAGCGCCCACGUCAGCCCCGACGGCAAUGCCGACGCCAUCGCCUACGCCUGAGCCAACGGCGCAGCCUACCCCAGAGCCUACACCAGCGCCGACGCCGUCACCGACCGUGGCUGCCACUGGGGACCCCCACCUGACCAAUGUACACGGCCAGCGGUUCGACGUCCUGCAGCCCGGGAUCCACACGCUGCUCCAGGUCCCCAGGGGCCCCAUCGACACGGAGCGCGUGCUGGUUCGCGUGGACGCGGAGGCCGUGCGGAUGGGCGGGAUGUGCAGUGACAUUUUCUUCCAGUCCCUGAACAUUUCCGGCAGUUGGGUCGACCAGCAGAUGGGCGGUCCCUUGGAAUUCCACGUUGAUGGAUCCGCUGGCGGCGCAGGGAGCGCGACCAGGAGUACGAGCUGGAUGCGGGUGGGGCCGGUGCUGGAUCUGAAGGUGGUUUGGGGCCACACCAGGAGUGGCUUCAAGUACCUCAAUCUUUUCGCCAGGCACUUGUCUCGGGUCACAGACUAUCCGAUCGGAGGCCUGCUUGGGGCAGACGAUCACACGCGAGUUUCUACGCCCAGCGCUUCGUGCGAGCACAAGGUGUCGCUCGCGAGUCUUUCUGGCCCAGUACAGGGGGACUCUGCCUCGAGCGGGCGGAGCACGAGCUGACGCGAUGGAGUCUCAGGUUCGUGCCAGAGUGCAAUAUCCUAGCUGGGUGAGUUCGAGUUGACACGCAGAGCGUCUUGCCAGAGGGUAGUCUCCUCAUGCAUGGUUUCGCCAGAAUAGUGCGACCUCUGCCAACCGCUCAAACCUCAAGUGUAGGUAUGAAUCGGUGUCGUCCUCCGCCGGGCCAUCUUUUUGCUGCGCCAAUGGUUGGUUGGUGUCGGCUGCUGUCGGAGUCGCUCUUGCAGCGGAAAGUCGUUUGCAAGGCUUGUCAUUUUGUAUCUCCGAGCGGGAGUCGUAAUUCGCAGACUGAUGCGGACCAACAAGAUCCGUUGAUGAUGAUAAAUCGUAGCCAGGCGCGGGAAGAGAGGGUCGAAGCGGG